CAGUUCGAAAAAACCUUAACCUUCUUUCCCAAAACCAUAGAACCAACACAGCCCAAACUAGCUUUCGCCCUCUAGGUUUAACUCAAUAACAAUCUCAGUAUCUCACCGAACUGAACCAAAAAUCCCUAAGUCCUUUUCCCGCGCCUCCUCUCCUUCGAUUCGAACCCGUUUUCUCUGCAGAAUAUGGUUUCCCAGAACGGCAUCAAGCUCGCCGCGCACUUCAUCACCAACCACUUCGGCACCACCGUCGCUAAAGUAUGCGAAAAUCUACUUCGCAAAGGACCACUCCCAUUGGAACUGUUGAUUCGCUACACGGAGCUUAACCACAAGGAUGUCAAGAACUCGCUAUUAGUCCUGAUUCAACACAAUUGCGUUCAACCUUUUGUUUAUCUAGGUGGUGAUGAUGACAAUGGGUCGAAAGUAGGAAUACAGUACUUGGCAUUGUUUGAUAACAUAAUCCACCGGUUAAGAUUUCCCAAGUUCGUCGAUAUUGUGUCGCGGGAGCUUGACAAGAAGUGUGUGUAUCUUCUCGAAGGGUUGCUUCGUGAUGGUAGGCUUACCCUUAAACAAAUGAUCGAUAGAGCAAGUCAAGGAAAAGAAAAUUCAGUGGCUACAGAUGUACGAGAGAGCCUACGUAAACUUCUGAAUGCUCGAUAUGUUGAACGCUGCCCUGCUCGUGAGGUUGGUGUUUCUACAGAUUCUACAGAAGAAACUACUACUAGGAAGCGUGGUGCUAAGGCUGCCAAGGUAUUUGUAGCACCAAAGACCUUAGAGCAACGUGUCAUAGAAGCAGCAGUGCCUAAGGAAGUGAUAAGGUUUUCGCUCACUGCAGAUACAGGAUGUAAUGCUGACAGAGAAACAAAUUCUGAUGAUUCCAAAAUGAUAAGUGUUGAAGUUGAUGUUGCAGAAGAGGAGCAUACUCUUUGGCGUGCGAAUUUCGAGGAGUUUAUACGUUAUCUUAGACAUAAGGCAUUGAUUGAGAAUGUAAGAGCACGAAUGGAUGAUGGUGCUGCUACAGUCUUAAGUGCAAUAUUAGAGGCAAAAAAAACUGCAGAGGAAAAAGUGAAAAUGGAAUACUCAGUUCCCCUAUCAAUGGAUAUAAUUUACGACGAGGUGAUUAAGACUGGAAAUGGUCGUACUAUGACCAUGGAACGUGUCAAAGAUUAUCUUCAUCAGUUGGGUUAUCCAAAAAGCAUGGUGUUGGACGAUCACUGUAGAAUUGAUUUGAAGGGAAUUAUCCAAUGGGCUCGGAAUGAGGAGGUUGAGUCAAUUGUGUUAAAAAGGUAUGGAAUGGAUGCCUACAGAAUGUUCAGGCAUCUGUCAAAAGAAGAUAUGUUUUGCCCAACAGAUAAGAUAGCAGAGUCUAUUCUUCUUGAGAAAAAGGAAGCUCCUAGGUUACUUAACAAGUUAUGGACGGAUAACUACUUGUAUAUGGAGAGAGUAACUGUGCCAGGAUCCAGGCAAUCACAGAUUUCAGUGUGGAAAGUUAAUAAGCCUCAGAUUUGGGGACUUGUACUGGACGAGAUGUUCAAAGCUGCCUUAAAUUUGAGCCUACGAAUGGCUUAUGAGCAGGAAAGGGGUGAAGGGGUUAUAAAUGUUCAUCAAGACAAGUUUAAGGGGACACAACUGCAGAGUUACAAACGGUUAAAAAAUGGCUUGUUGCUUCUGGGAUCAUCGUUGAUGAAACUUGACGAUGCUCUGAUGCUUUUCCAUGACUUUUGAAUUACCUAUACCCAUAACAUGUGUUAUCUGGGAUUCUUUUAGAUACAAGGGGAAAACAUGUUUACAUGUUUGAGAUAAAAGACUUUGCGGUUGGUUGAUUGCACGGAUAAGAAGUUACAAAAAUAAAAGAAAUGUGAAAAACUUAUAUUUAUAAUUUAGCCUUUAUAAUUGACUAUUAAUAUUUUUUUAAUACAUGUUUGGACUUUGGAGAAAGCAAAAGAAACUAAACUCUUCAAAGAUCCUAUCCAAACUGGUUGUUCCCAUCUUUGUAAGAUUCUCAAUACAUAGAUUACCCAUUUUUAUGGUGUGAGAAAUGGAUCACUGUUUUGCUACUAA